CGGGAUCAGGAUCUGAAUUCAGAGAGACAGAGAUCAUCGAUCCAGCUGUAAAUAAAGACUCGUACAUGGGUUACUCUACUGUGCUGGGAAUGAGAUGCCGCGUCUCUCUUCUGUUCUCUGGAGCGCCGCGGGCCGAACACACAGGUCUGGUGACCCUCUUCACCAAGAAUGAAAGCACAUGGACAGUGACGAGGAACAUCAGCGGAGAACAAAUUGGCUCAUAUUUCGGAGCGUCUCUGAGUCUGUUGGAUGUGGACUCUGAUGGAGACUCAGAUUUCCUUCUGGUCGGAGCUCCAUUAUUUUACCAGUCUCAGCCGAGGGCUGAAGGGAGGCUGUACGUCUAUGCUUUAUCAGAGCAGUAUUUUCAAAAGACGCUGCAGUCAACCACAGGCAGAUUUGCUGCGUCUGUGGCUUCACUAAAGGACCUGAAUGGAGACGGUCUGUCAGAUGUGGCGGUCGGGGCUCCGCUGGAGGAUGAAGGAGUCGUCUACAUCUACCUGGGUGAUGGGACACAUGGCAUAAACCCUGAACACACUCCUCAG